UGUCAAAUUCGCUGUACGCGAGGCAUUCGUGAACAGGAAGAAAAAUGCUUGAUUCUGUUGGAUGAAAGAUGCAGUAGGAGAGAGUUUCUAAACAGCCUUUCGAAUAUUAGUUAAAUAAAUGCCCUGAGUGAUUAGCUAACGUUAUAUUGCUUGCUUCAUACAAUAUAUCGAUGAAACUAACUCAAUUUGAACAGCAUUCCAAUGUUGGAAUAUUGCCUUGAUGAUAACUCACUAACUCAUUGGUAAGUACACAUCCAUUCAUCGCGACGUUUGUGAGAGGAGAUAGCUAAUUUAGGUACUGUACUGUAGCUAGCUAGUCUGCUGCUAAUCGGGCGAGUUAGCUAGCUAGCUAACGUUAGUUAUCUCUUGCCACCUAACGUUUAGUUGAUGGAAGCCGGUUAGCCACUAGCCAUCGUUGUUUUAGUUAUAGUUAUAUGCAUGUACCUAAUGUACAUUAUUGAUUCAUUAGCUAACGUUAACAUUCAGCUGGUAUCAGAUACCUAACGUUAACUACCUAGUUAGUUACCUUGUUGUUCUAACUACUGUAGCUAGCUAAAGUAACUGGGUGGUUGGCCAAAGUUGCCAAUCCAGUGGCGGAGGUCUAAUCGAAACCGGCUUGCAUUUCCUGCUAACUAGGUAUUUUGCACUCAUAAACAAUCUGAUCAAAUCAAAUUGGAGUAGGAACUGUAAGAGAUAUAGCUAGCUACUCUACUGUAGCUUCGUAUCCGUGUGCAAUGCAUACAGUAGGUUAUGGUACAGUGAGUAGUUAUGUAUUUUUCGUUUCACUUUCCCGUGGUGUCCUCUCUUUGCAGACGCUCCCUACGCUUCAAAUCAUCCCAGCUUUCAGCCCGCCUCCAACGGCUCGAGCACAGGACCUCAUUGCUGGGUGGCUGCUUACUGUGUUCUGGCUCACGGGGAGACGAACUGGACCGACCACUGACCCCGUAGUCGGCACAGCUUUCCCAGGGUUGCAACUCUCCCUGCGGUUGCACAGGACUAGGACGGUCGAGGGCAUAGGCCCAGUGCUCGACAGCAUUUAGGGAAACCUCCCAUUCACUAUCUCAUCCAACCAAUUCAGAGUGGUUAUGGAGCUGGAGGUGAGCCGAACCGAGCUGGAAGGUCCCGAUGCUCCCCAGUCUCUGAGACACGAGAGGAGCCUCGGACUGCUCACCACGAAGUUCGUUACUUUGCUGCAGGAAGCGAAAGACGGGGUGCUCGAUCUCAAAGUAGUGAGUGAUGAUGGGCUUCAUCUCUUUUGACUGUCUUGACUGUGUGAGAAUUAUUAGCUAAGGGUUGUUUAUGUUUUAGUGUCGUCACAAAGUCUGCAAUCUUAUGACCUAUAUAAGUCUAAGGACUGCCUGGUUUGGUUGAAAUUGAUAUUGCUGCAUAGUGUUGUAACAGAUGUGCAACAAACUCCGAGGAGAUGCAGUCUGUGGAAUAUGACAUAGACACAAACACCAGCGUUUCCGUUAGAAACAUUUGUGACAUGCCUCGUAAACAACAGGUGUAGACUAACUGUGUAAUGCUUAAAGGGAUACUUCGUGAUUUCGGCAAUGAGGCCCAUUAUCUACUUCCCCAGAAUCAGAUGAACUCGUGGAUACCAUUUUUAUGUCUCUGUGUCCAGUAUGAAGGACGUUUGAGGUAGUUUCGCGAGCCAAUGCUAACUAGCGUUAGCGCAAUGACUGGAAGUCUAUGGGUAUCAGCUAGCAUGCUAGCAGAUACCACAGACUUCCACUCAUUAUGCUAACGCUAUUUACCAAUUGUGCUAGCACUAGUUAUCAAAUUCCUUCAAACUGCACGCAGAGACAUUAAAAUGGUAUCCACAAGUUCAUCUGAUUCUGGGGAAGUAGAUAAAGGGCCUCAUUGCCAAAAUCCUGAAGUAUCCCUUUAAAUGGCGAAUGGGAGGCAUGCUUCAAUUACCAGUUGAGAAAUUAAAAAAUAGUUGCUAUUUUUAAUCAUGACCAUCAAAACUGUUUUUGACACGUGAUUGCAUUUAGAAUUGUUGCGCAAUGACACUCCAGCAGCAACGAGCUGAGGAUCUGCAGCAGCAGCUCUAGCGCUGUCUUACAAGGGAUCUUCCGCUCCAAAUGGGCUCUGUAAUAAGAUACAUGACGACUAACGAAUAUACACACGUCCCAAUUUAAUUCCACUAGAUUUUGUAAAUUAAAGCUGCACGAUGCAGAAAUCGAUCCACCAUUUCCUGGUUGCAAAAAUUCUAAUAGUUCGCCUAAUUUCAAUUUAUGUGACAAAACAAGCAAGUAUAGUGUAGAGAAUCAUUAUACCAUCUAAACCGCUGUGAUAUAUAUUUUCCAUAACCAAAAAUAUUGUAUUUUCAGCAGUUUGAAGCUGGUGUACAAAACUGAAAGUAAAAGAUGAAAAAACGAAACUUAAGAACAGGAAGCAUAGAAAUAGCGCACAUAGAACAGAUCUACCGCUUCUUAGACUUGCUUUCAAUGAGAAUGACAGAUCUGUAACUCACAUUUCUAUGUGAAUUUGGUCGCGUUGCCCAAAAAGUUACAUAUUGCAGCUUUAACCUAUAGACCGAUGAGCAUGACGGUCAAAUGUAUUUCCAUCAACUGAUAUUUCAAUCAAUGAAUAAAAAGUAUUAUUUUGUAAUGGGAUUGCUUUUUCUCCCGGUCAAUUUGACCAGCAACAAUUUUAUUUAUCGGCAUUUCAUUUUUUUUAUCGGACAAAAGCCGGCAAUUACACAUGCACUGCGAUCGUGAUGAUUUAUACUCUAAAAUAAAAUAGAAGCUUAAACUCUAAUAUAAAACUAAGUGUAAAACUGUUACAUUAUCUAGGUUAAUGUCAGUAAGGAGUUUGAGAAAUAAAAGAGAGGGUAAAACACUGAAAGAGAGUGUGUGUAAAAGAGAGACAAGCCGUGUCUCAUCGCUCAGCGGGUGGCUUUGUCACGGUCUGUCAUUAUUGUCCGCAUUGUUUAGUCCCCCCUCUGAUAGGCACAUAGGGUUGUGACCUCUCCUAUUACUGGCUACCAGGGCUAUGACCCAUCCAGUGAUUGGUUGACAGGCCUCAGUCUCACAGGCUCUGACCUUUGUGAUUUGUUAUUAACCCCACGCUGGAUGAUGCACCCCCCCCCCCUAAGGAGAAUAGCCUUGGUAGGGACAUUUGGGUGCUUGCGUUUUAAAAUAAUUCAUUAAGUUAUUUUGCUCCUGAUGAGAGAGGGUGACCUUUGACAGUUGCGUUGUGAGUAAUGUUGUUUUUCCUGCUCUUGUAGGCAGCAGACACCCUGGCCGUCAGACAGAAGAGGCGCAUCUAUGACAUCACCAAUGUGCUGGAGGGCAUCGGCCUGAUCGAGAAGAAGUCCAAGAACAGUAUUCAGUGGAAGUGAGUAAGUGUGUGUAUGUUCGCGCGCUUGUAUGUGUGUAGGUAUGCAUGCAGUAUGUGCUUACAUUUCUCUACACUCUCUGUCUAAGGGGAGUUGGGCCAGGCUGUAACACAAGGGAGAUUGGUGACAGGCUGAUUGACCUGAAGUCGGAGCUUGAAGAUCUGGAUAUGAGGGAAAGUGAGCUGGAUCAGCAGAGGGUGUGGGUCCAACAAAGCAUCAAGAACGUGACCGAGGACACACACAAUAGUCCAUAUCCUUACUAUGUACCCACAUACUCAUACCUACACCAACAUCUAAAUUGUUACCCCAACCUAACCUUACAUAGGUAUCCAUGUCAGUCCACAGUUCACACCAUUAGAAACGUAUUGAAAAGAGCUGCAGCUCCAUCUUGUCUGUACAAUAGCAGAGGAUACACUUGCCAGCGUUAACACUGUUAUAAUACUCUGUUAAGUGUAAAGGUGCGUGUCUGACCUUAACUCUGACCAACUCUGGCCUAUGUUAACCAUGAGGACAUCUGCAGCUGCUUCAAAGAUGAUACCCUCUUGGCGGUGCGUGCGCCCUCUGGUACGCAGCUGGAGGUGCCCAUACCUGAAGCUGUAAGUUCGAUUAGUUUCUGCCUCCUCCUCCUCCUCCCCCUAGUCAGUCUGUGUCAGUCUUCUGUGUGUGUUUGUCUCCACUUUUAGGUGCAAAACGGUCAGAGGAGGUAUCAGAUCCAUCUGAAGAGCACUUCUGGGCCCAUUGAUGUAAUGCUUAUCAACAAGGACCCAGUUAACUCCACCCCCAUGGUGCUGCCAGUCCCGCCCCCUGAGGAAAUGCUGCAGAACGCCAAGUCUGCUGCAGCCUCUGCUGACACAACCACUGCCACUAACACACCCACCCACACAUUGUCAAGACCACCCAGAGUCUGGCCACCGGCAAGCCUAAAGCAAAUACAGCAGCUAAGCCAUCAGGUGACCUCACUGUUAUAUCUCUCAUGGUCUGCUAAACUCUCAAUACAAUAUCGUUGAAUUGUCCCAUGUCCACCUCUGUGUCCAUAUAACUCUCUCUCUCGCUCACUCCCUCUCUCUCCCUCUCCUGACCAGACACCCCCAGCACUGAAAAACCUGAUCAGCAACCACCAUUGGAUACCCGGUCCCUCCAGUCUUCUGCUUCAUUGGACAACAACUCGACUGUCUUUGAACCAAUCAAAUCCGAUUCAUCUGACUGUGAGUUAGAAUUCAGUUUAUCUGUGUGUGCGCGUGUGCAUGUUGUGUGGUAGCAGCAAUCGGGUUGGGCGAUAUUACGAUAGUAUCGGAUAUCGAAGAUGAUUGGCAGCCAGCGUCGACGGAGACGACAUUGUGAUGCGACAGAUGAUGUAUAGCCUAUUUCAACUUGACUGCAUAACCUAUUUCAAUAAAUAUGUUAUAAACAAUUUACAGAAUGCAAGAGAACAAUUUAGACAGAGCUAAGAUUUUCACCAAAGUGCCGCAAAAUGUCCAGUCAGAAAAUGUUAGUUUUUUCCUCUCAAUGUUGGAUGAUCUGGGCCCUAUAGCCGAAGCCUAUUUUAUUUUUUAUCGCAGACACUCAGGUGUGUAAUUAUUUUAAAAGCCAAAUGUUGUCUCUUCUCUCCAUUUGAUAUGAAUAUGACUUACGUUUUUAUGCAUGCUGGCUUUCUCCCGCAGUGCUACUUCAUGAUCUAACGGCGUUCUAGGCUAUCUAAAAGUUGUAGCUUGUUUUUGAAUAAUGAGAUGUAGAACAAACAAAAGCAAGAUAGAAAAAUCCAACGAGUCGUUUGAACAAACCUUACAGCUGAACAAAGCUUAGUCUAUUGUCAAAUGAUGCAUGCAACUCUCCUCCUUGCCGUUGUGAACCAAACGGCUAAAAGCCAAAUCCUACUAAUUAAAAUAGCCUAUCAAAAGCAUGAAGUUAAAAUGAUGAAGACUAUUUCCCAAAUAGGCUAUUCUAAUGAAGUGUUUAACAUCCUAAAGUUGCAGCUUUCAAAUGGAAACAUUUGUGAAAAGUAGUUUAUAGGCAAUUCUCUAUCACAGCUUUAUUUUGAAUGACAAAUAUUACAGGCAACAAUAAGUGAAAUUGAGCAAACAAUAACAAGAUGGAAAAAUCAAAUGAGAAGUCAAAAUAACUUACAGCUGAGCAAAGCUUAUGAAAGAAACGAUGUGUAGAGUUGGCCUAUUUCCAUAGCCUAUUAUUAGCAAUGCAGGCUACAACCUACCUAUACAACGUAUAGAAGCCUAGGCCUAAUAAGAGAGGAAGAUUAGGUACAAAUGUGAAUCAUUGAAUAAUUAUCCAGUUCUGAGGACAGCAGAGUUGCAUGCUCUGCAGCCGGCCCUUGAUGAUUUACAACCCAUCACAGGACGUACAGCCAGCUAGGAUCCUUGACUGUCACUUGUGCUUCGGCACACAGACUAGGGCAGGGCGAUAUAUCGAAUUUCUAAUGUAUGUUUUUGCGCGAUAUUCCAAAUGCCUGUAUCUCAGAAUAGUGUUUAUGUCCUUUUGUUGUCUUUUUGGUCCCGUCUCCUUCGCUCCUUCUGUGCUGUGUGCACCUUCCCAUUUACACCAGAGAUCUACAGUGGGGAGAACAAGUAUUUGAUACACUGCCGAUUUUGCAGGUUUUCCUACUUACAAAGCAUGUAGAGGUCUGUAAUUUUUUAUCAUAGGUACACUUCAACUGUGAGAGACGGAAUCUAAAACAAAAAUCCAGAAAAUCACAUUGUAUGAUUUUUAAGUAAUUAAUUUGCAUUUUAUUGCAUGACAUAAGUAUUUGAUCACCUACCAACCAGUAAGAAUUCCGGCUCUCACAGACCUGUUAGUUUUUCUUUAAGAAGCCCUCCUCUUCUCCACUCAUUACCUCUAUUAACUGCACCUGUUUGAGCUCGUUACCUGUAUAAAAGACACCUGUCCACACACUCAAUCAAACAGACUCCAACCUCUCCACAAUGGCCAAAACCAGAGAGCUGUGUAAGGACAUCAGGGAUAAAAUUGUAGACCUGCACAAGGCUGGGAUUUGCUACAGGACAAUAGGCAAGCAACUUGGUGAGAAGGCAACAACUGUUGGCGCAAUUAUUAGAAAAUGGAAGAAGUUCAAGAUGACGGUCAAUUACCCUCGGUCUGGGGCUCCAUGCAAGAUCUCACCUCGUGGGGCAUCAAUGAUCAUGAGGAAGGUGAGGGAUCAGCCCAGAACUACACGGCAGGACCUGGUCAAUGACCUGAAGAGAGCUGGGACCACAGUCUCAAAGAAAAUCAUUAGUAACACACUACGCCGUCAUGGAUUAAAAUCCUGCAGCGCACGCAAGGUUCCCCUGCUCAAGCCAGCGCAUGUCCAGGCCCGUCUGAAGUUUGCCAAUGACCAUCUGGAUGAUCCAGAGGAGGAAUGGGAGAAGGUCAUGUGGUCUGAUGAGACAAAAAUAGAGCUUUUUGGUCUAAACUCCACUCGCCGUGUUUGGAGGAAGAAGAAUGAUGAGUACAACCCCAAGAACACCAUCCCAACCGUGAAGCAUGGAGGUGGAAACAUCAUUCUUUGGGGAUGCUUUUCUGCAAAGGGGACAGGACGACUGCACCGUAUUGAGGGGAGGAUGGAUGGGGCAAUGUAUCGCGAGAUCUUGGCCAACAACCUCCUUCCCUCAGUAAGAGCAUUGAAGAUGGGUCGUGGCUGGGUUUUCCAGCAUGACAACGACCCGAGACACACAGCCAGGGCAACUAAGGAGUGGCUCCGUAAAAAGCACCUCAAGGUCCUGGAGUGGCCUAGCCAGUCUCCAGACCUGAACCCAAUAGAACAUCUUUGGAGGGAGCUGAAAGUCCGUAUUGCCCAGCGACAGCCCCGAAACCUGAAGGAUCUGGAGAAGGUCUGUAUGGAGGUGUGGGCCAAAAUCCCUGCUGCAGUGUGUGCAAACCUGGUCAAGACCUACAGGAAACGUAUGAUCUCUGUAAUUGCAAACAAAGGUUUCUGUACCAAAUAUUAAGGUCUGCUUUUCUGAUGUAUCAAAUACUUAUGUCAUGCAAUAAAAUGCCAAUGUAAUUACUUAAAAAUCAUACAAUGUGAUUUUCUGGAUUUUUGUUUUAGAUUCCGUCUCUCACAGUUGAAGUGUACCUAUGAUAAAAAUUACAGACCUCUAUAUGCUUUGUAAGUAAGAAAACCUGCAAAAUCAGCAGUGUAUCAAAUACUUGUUCUCCCCACUGUAUAUAUAAUGACAAGAUGCUAAUGUCUCUUCCCUAACAAUGGGAGUCGUUGUCCCAAAGGUGGGAUGGCAGGUGACAAGCUUAGGUCCAAAAUAAGCCCAUAGAAACGCAUUGGGUUUAUUUUGGACAGAUUUUUGCGAGUGAAACAUUUGUCAACAUUUGUCAAACCUCUCACUUCGCCUCUUCCUCUCUGUUUACACAUACACACCAAGCCCCUCUCCCUGCCACUCACAACAACAAAGAUGAGAGAUCACUUCUUCCUCUCUGACAAGCGGGUUUCAACUCGCUAUUUGCAUUUGAGGUUUGGUCCAACAGAAUCGGUCAUAUGGACACCGAAAUACCUUGAGACAUUAUUUUACUGUAAUUAUUUUACUUUCUAACGGUACCCUUUUUAUGUCUCAACUCCUCAAAUUGCGCGCAGAGCAGACACUACUAAAACGGGAGUAUCAAUGAACAUUUCAUUCUGCUCAGUUUGUCACACGCGCAUUGCGGUACCAUGUACCGCUAGCAGCAUUUUAGUCAAAGAUUGUUAUGCUAGCUGUCUAAUUUGUUUAUGAGACCUGUGUAAAUGUUCUAUAAUGCCUGCUACAAGAAGUUAGUCAUUAUUAGUGAAUGUGCAUUAUGCAUGGUUCUGGUAGAAUUUGUAACAAAAAGGCAAUUUUCAUAGACUGACUUGGAAGCCAGAUCAGUGAUUAUUGCAAAAAAGCAUGUUAAAUUAUUUAGAUACAAUUAUAUUAUUAGUGGGUCUUAUGGUUGUGGAACGCUUAUUUUUAGCCUAGGUAGAAUUUCACAAGCCCUGAAUUCAUUCGAUUAUUGCUGACUGUUUGAAAUGCAGUGUUAUUUGCCCUUUAAUUGUAUAACAAAGCUUAUUUUGAGAAAACAUUUGUAAAAAAUCAAAGAAUCGAGAUGAUUUUUAGGCUAUGUCGCCCAGACCUAAUACCGGCACACACCUCUUUGGUGCCACAGCUCCAACCGAGAGGAAUACACUAUUAAAAAAGAUUGGGCUCCAAAAUAUAUUUUGUCAUGAUUCCUCUCGUCCCUCCCGUAGCAUGCGAGCUCGCUAGAGAUCCUUUUUUGCAGAUUAAAAAAUAUAUAUAUUUGUUUAACCUAAAAAAAAACAAAAAAAAAACAUUAAUUAAAUUGUGGGGUUGGCCAAUAGGGGACGAUACCAUCGUACAUCACAAUGUUUUAUGGGUACUUAAUCACGAUAGGACAAUGGUUGACAUCGCCCAACCAUAAGCAGCAAUGUGAUGGAGGGAGAUAAACCUUGGCACUGGGCUAGUACUCCAACGGUCUCUCACAAACACACACGUAACGUACAUUGUUUAUCUGUUUAGUAAGCACACACUUCCGACCACUGUUUUUUUUACAUUAAAACCCUGGCUAUGCCCAAUGCACUGUAACACAGGAAGCAUCUGUGUGGCAACAAAUGAUGUACAAUGCCUGCCUGCUAUAGAAAUGUGUGUGUGUGUGUGCAAGCUGUUUUAUUUUUGCUUGUUUAAUAAAUGUACACAGGAAAACGGUGUGUGAAAGGGCUCUACCUUAUAAAAACAACCUCUCGUGUGCUUGUAUGGUGUUCAUAUUGUGCCUUGUGUUUUUCAGUGCUGGAUUUCCCCAAAUACUUUUCUGACAUGUUUGACCCCGCUAAAGGUACUGUUUGUGACUGCAUGUGUGUGUGUGCAUGUGUAUCGUGUCUUAAACGUUAUUUAAAUGUAUCCAAACAGACCCUUGCAUUGUAUUUCAGGUAAAUAAGUUAAUGAUAAACCGUGUCUUUAUGUGUACAGCAGACACUCUCUCACCCCCCCCCCCCCCCCCUCUCUCUCUCUGUAGAGAUGGUGAGUGCAGAUCUACUAGAGGAACUUAUGGCUUCAGAAGGUGAGUCUAAAACGGAUGAUGUUAUAACCACCUUUACUUUGACUAGAUGAUUCCAGUUAUUCAUGUAUAUAUCCCACUCUCUCCCUCUCUCUCUGCCAGUGUUCUCUCCACUCCUCCGCCUCUCUCCUCCCCCGGGGGACCAUGACUACAUCUAUAACCUGGAUGAGAGCGAGGGCCUCUGCGACCUCUUUGACAUCCCCAUCCUCAACCUUUGACCUAUGAACCAUGGGUAAUCAGGCUCACAUGAAGAGGCCUUUUUAAAGAAAGAAAAUAACACUUUUUUUAAACAAUUCUUUGAGGACUAACAAACAGAUGAAGUGGUCUAUUUUUGGAGUCUUGUAGUAGAAGCUGAAUUGAUGAACAAACAGUUUUUGAUAAUUUUCAUAAUCUUUAUUUUUGUCGCGUCCCCUUCGUUGAUGUCUGAACAGGAAGUAAUUUAGGUGAUGCAACUUAUCCUGGAGAGCAGCCCUCCCUUACUGGCUUAUAGGCUUUAAUGAUGUCGUGGAAUAUAUUUUUGGAUCUGUGCUACUGAAGCGGCAGUGGAUGUGUUUUUAAAAGUUGAGUUGUGCUACAUUUGGAGCGAGUAAAGAUGGCUUGGCUUGGGUUGAGGAAAUGAAAUGAAUGGGAUGCUCAAGGCAAAAUCAACCACUACACCUAGGCACUUAUGUACAUCUGAAACUGUUGGAUAGGUAGAGCUAUUACCAUAUUGUAGACCUAGGGGUAGGGAGGGAUAGGUGCUGUGAGGAGCUGCAAUGAGCUGUACAUGUGAGGAGUGCAGCUACUCCAGUGCCCACAUAGUGGUGCUAGAGUCACAGCAGGAAGAGAAGAUCAGCUCCCUCACCUGCCGCACCAUAGUCUCUCUUAUGAGUCAGGCACACAAGACCAGCCACAACACCACAAUAUACUGACAACAACAUGUAAAUCCAUUAAAAGCCUUUACCAGUCCUAAUCUAUUGAUACUAUUGAUGAGGCUUACAGUUCUCUUCAGUUGCUGGUGCAUUUUAUAUCUUGUCUGUUUCUCCCUCAAAGUGUAUGUGUGUGUGUGAGCAUGGGGAGAGGUUUUUUAUUUGUAAUUUUCACAAGUCUCAACUCUGAAUUCUAUUGUAAAAUGCUCUUUAUUUUGGUGUAUUUUUAUACUGAACUGACACUGUCAAGGAACAGUACAUAUAUAUUUUGUCUGUCUCUGUGUUUUGACAUCCUUAUCCAGAUUCAACUAUGAUGAUAUGUGUUUGUUCAGGAAGUUCAGUAGUGAAUAUUUUUCAAAUGUAGUGUCAAAUCUGCUGUUUCAUUUGUAUUGUUUGGUUGUAUUGCAUAUUUCUGUUUGUAACCUGCUCAUGUUCUGAUGAGUAAGUUCUCAUGAGUUCACAUCAGGGGUGAACUGGAACCAGAAAUCGGUCUGGGAAUUUCUGUCACCCCGGCCUAUCUGUUCGGGGACGUAUAUUUUUGGUCAGAGUCUGUGAAAUGGGACGUGUGUGUGUGUGUGCGUGCGUGCAUGUCUUGUAUCAAGCUCCUGUUUUGUAGCUUGUUGUGGGAGAGGAAAAGUUAAAUAGAAAGGCUGAACUAUUCUACAGGUGAUAUGUUGGUUGUAUACAUAAAUGUGUUUAUUUUUCUAUAUCAGGAAUAUACUAAUUGUAACCCCUAUCUCCUCCAAUUCUACAGUGUAUAAGUUGCAGAUUGACAUACAUGCACCAGUCUUUGUUAUCCUAUGUGCAAACAACCUCAGCAUGCAGCCACAAAUCCACUGAGUAAACCUGCCUAUGUUUUUAUACGCUAAGUGAGGCUCAGAGAAUAUUUGUUUUAGAAAUGGGCGGUCACUCCUGAUUACCGGUAUGAAUUUAAAAGAUUAUAUUAAAACCUUUUUGAAUUUUG